AUGUGUUUUGGGGAUGUGUUUUGGGGAUGUGUUUUGGGGAUUUGUUUUGAGUAAUGAAUUUUUUUAGGGAUGAUGAAUUGGGGAUGGUAUUAGGGAUAGUGAUUUUGGGGAUGUGUUUUGGGGAUGGUGAAUUGGUGAUGGUGAAUUGGGAUGGUAAAUUGGGGAUGGUGUAUUUGAGAAAUGAAUUUUUAUUAGGGGUGGUGAAUUGGGAUGGUGAAUUGGGGAUGGUGUAUUUGAGAAAUGAAUCUUUAUUAGGGAUGGUGAAUUGGUGAUGGUGAAUUGGGAUGGUAAAUUGGGGAUGGUGUAAUUGAGAAAUGAGUUUUUAUUAGGGAUGGUGAAUUGGGAUGGUGAAUUGG